GCCACCCAAAACAUACACACACACACAGACACUCCCUUCUUCAUCGGUCUUCCUCCAUACUCUGCUUUCUUUUAUCACAUUUGCAUCCUCUCCGAUUCCACGAUCCUCUUAAUCCAUUCCAAAUUGACUUAACAAGCUUCUGAUCAUGGCGGAGACUGAGAGAUCAUUGGCCGAUGAUCGUGAAAUGAUCGGCGGUUGCGAGACUAAAUCUCCAUGGAAAACAGCUGCUUCUCCAAUAGAGACACCUGUAAUGGGUGCUCACUCGUGGCCUGCACUCGCCGACGCUCAACAACAACCGCGUCCUAAGAAUCCUCCUCCGGCGCCGGCGGCUCCGCCGUCUAAAUCCAUUUCAACUUCCCCUCAGGUUGUAACUAGUAAUGCUAAAUCCAAGGCUAGUGGAAAGGGUAAUAAUCCUGCACACAAGAAUCAAUCUGGCCGUUAUUCAAAGCCAGGCUCAAAGAGUAACCAAAGUGUUGGUACGCCUCCUCCUCCUCCUCAUUGCCCUAUGCACGCUGUACCUUAUCAUCCACCACCUAUGGUCUAUCCUACUGGUCCAGAUUUUCCACAUGCUCUUUAUCCUCCUUUCCCGAUUCCUGGAGCGCCUGUUGUUGCAGAGUCUGGCAAUGAGAAGCCAUCCUCUGUUCAGCCACCUCUUGAAAGAGAUCCUUGGCAGCAUCAGAGCGGUUUUGCUCCAAGAAACAUGCCGCAUGGAGCUGGUGGACCUAGGAACUUUAUUAGACCUCCGUAUAUGGGACAAGCUCCUGGGUUUAUGGUUGGUCCAGGUCCAGGCUUUCCAGGUCCUAUGUACUACUUACCGGUUCCACCCCCUGGAGCUAUAAGAGUCUAUCCUCCACUUUUUGCUCCAUACCCUGGUAACCAGGGUCCUCAAGCUCUCUCUCCAGAAAAACUUGACUUGCAGGGUAGAGUCAUAAAACAAAUAGAAUAUUAUUUCAGUGACGAAAAUCUUGAGAAUGAUAAGUAUCUCAUUUCCUUAAUGGAUGAACAAGGAUGGGUUCCCAUCAAAAUUAUAGCUGACUUCAAAAGGGUUAAGAUGAUGACCAUGGAUGUAGAGUUUAUAGUCCAUGCGUUGAGAUUUUCUAAGUCCGUUGAAGUGCAGGGUGACAAGAUACGGAAGCGUGACGAGUGGUCUAAGUGGGUUCCUGCAUCCAAAAGGUCGGCCUCUGAGGAGAAAAUUGGAGACAAUGCCAAAGAUUCCUCAGAGAGUGUAACAAGCAAAGAUAACUGUAAAAACUCUUCAAAGCCUACUGCGUUCUCUUCGGAGGGAGCUCAGUUAUCAAGAACCAAUGUAUAUGAAAGUGAAAAUCCGAAAUCAUUUUCAGACGAAAAAAGAAAGAUUGAUGACUUGUCAAGCGAUUUUUCCAACACAUUCUUGCUUGAUGAGGAAAUGGACCAGGAGCAUAAAAGCCCAAGAAAGAGUGGUCUUUCCAUGUCCAAAAGGAUUGAUGAUGAAGACGAUGAUAUUGCUGGUGAUGAUCAUGAUAUUCAGAAACUUGUAAUUGUUACCCAGAAUAGUGGUAGAAGUGAUGGCACUGGAAUCAGAGUGACAAAGGCCAAAAACAUUCCCAAGGAGCUUGCCUCCACAAUAAACGAUGGUCUUUACUACUAUGAGCAGGAGCUGAAAAAGAAUCAACCUGGUCGUAGGAAAAACAAUUCCCAUUUGGAUAGCAGAGAUGGAAAAGUAAAAGCUGAGGGAGGAAUGAAUAGUAAAUCAGGCGAAAAUUCCGCAGCAAAUGGUGGAGGUGAAGAGCAUAGCAUAAGGAGGAAGCAGAGUAAGGGAGUCCACAAACAUCAUAUAGCACAUGCACGGAGGUUCUUCUCGAGCAACAUAAGAAACCAUGGAGCUAGUCUCAGUUCUCAUACUUCAGAAAGUCCACCUAGUAGCUCCAUUGGAUUUUUCUUUGGUUCUACACCACCAGAAAGUCAUGGCCAUAGGCUUUCAAAAUUGAGUUCAUCACCACAAUGCGGCAGCAGUCCACCUGUGGGGUCUUUACCAAAAUCAUUUCCACAUUUUCAACAUCCGAGCCACCAAUUGCUGGAAGACAAUGGGUUUAAACAGGAAAAGUACUUGAAGUAUCGCAAGCGGUGCUUAAACGAAAGAAAGAAGCUGGGGAGCGGAUGCAGUGAGGAAAUGAACCAUUUGUACCGAUUUUGGUCGUAUUUCCUCAGAGAAACGUUUGUUCCGUCAAUGUAUGAAGACUUCCAGAAGUUUGCUCUUGAGGAUGCAGCUGGCAAUUACAACUACGGGUUGGAGUGUCUCUUUAGGUUUUAUAGCUAUGGUCUGGAGAAACAAUUCGAAGAGGACCUUUACAAGGACUUCGAGCAGCUGACACUUGACUUCUACCAUAAGGGGAACCUAUAUGGCUUGGAGAAAUAUUGGGCAUUCCACCAUUAUCGAGGACAAAAAGAAGCAACGAUAAAGAAGCACCCUGAGCUAGAGAAGCUACUCAAGGAAGAAUACCGUAGCAUAGCUGAUUUCCGAGCCAAGGAUCCAAUCACGAGCCAAAAAGAUGACAAGGCUCGCUAA